UCGAAGCCCUGAAAUUAUAAAUGAUUUGGUGAAGAGCUGAGCUUGCAAUGCAGGCAAUAAAAACCGUGGAAAAAGAAGUGACUUUUAUAAAGGAAAUACUUUUCACAGAAUCCUUCCCCCAGAAACAAGAGUGCAGCAAAAGCCCGGAGAGCGGGCGGCUCCGUCAGCAGCAGCCAUUGGAAGGAGCUGUCUGCAGCUCUCAGUGCUGUACUGAGCAUGUCCCAGCGGAGCCCAGUGCAAGCAGCACAUUAUGCAAAAAGGCAGCUCUAGCAGAUGGGAGAGAGGCACAGCAAGCAUUUGCUUUGCUUGCAUCACCACCGCUUGAAAACAAACCUGGAUCGCUAGAGGGGAUCUCGCCCGCAGGCCAAAGGAAUGAAAUCUGGGAGCAUGGCUUGAUUGAUGAAGGUGUUGCGCUACGGAAAAUCAUGGGGAAUCAAGAUGGGAAGCUAAAGAAAAAUACAGGUGAUGUGCAUGAAGGAGGAGAGGAUGCCUCCGGGCCCAAGGAUACAGAGAGCACAAAGAAGGUAUCGGGAAGCAGAAGGGGACUGGGGAAGCAUGCAAAAGGAAGUGAAUCUGGUAAGAAGAAGGGGAAGUCGGACUCGAGGGCCUCGGUGUUUUCAAAUCUGAGGAUCAGGAAAAAUCUGUCCAAAGCUAAAGAUGGGAAUAGUAGUUCACGGGAGGAUGUUUUGGAAAGCCAGGCCGUGCAGGCUGUAGAGCUGGACAGUACUCAUUCGAUUGUAACCAAAACUCCAGAUAUAAGCAUCUCUGCAGAUGAAGGGGGCCUCUCAGACACGGAUGUGGAACAUUUUGAAAUCAGAAAUGAAGCUGUCCCAGCUGCUGCAGAGACACAGGAUGGACAAAGGACCAGCUCUGGCUCUGAUACGGAUAUAUACAGUUUCCAUUCAGCCACAGAACAAGAGGAUUUGCUUUCUGAUAUCCAGCAAGCUAUUAGACUGCAGCAGCAGCAGCAGGGGGCAAUUAACAUUGGAACUGAGGACCUUGUCACCAAAACAAUGGGCCGACACAUGGCUAAUUCACAAGCAGCCCCCUUAGAUUUUGAACGGUUUCUUUCAGUAACUACCACCGACAAAGAGAGGAGCCCAGACACUGAGGGGGCUUUUCCAGCAUUGCCUAAAACUGGGGAAAACCUUCCUGUCUCCUGUGCAGCUGAGCCUGAACUGAAAGAAGUAAAUGGCACAGACUCUCCUGGUAACGGCUUAUUUGGAACACAAGAACGUAAGAUAUUGAUUGAGGAUCAGGAACAGCUCGUUGCUGGAGUGGAGGCUGCAGCUGGUGAACUAGAAGGUGAUUUAAAAAGAACUGCAGUAGAAAAUGGUUCUCGGACACACAGCUCCACACGACUUUUUCCAACCUCGGCAGCAGAUGCUGAGGCUAAAAUUACUGAAGUGCAGGCUGUUGAUUUGCAGAAUGUUAUUUCAGAUACAGGACGUGAUCAUGCCACUGAAACUCAGGAAGGGAAACACACCCUGUCAACCAGUCAAGAGGACUUGCAUGGUGAUUUAUCCAUGGAAAUGAAAAAUGGCAUUUUAUCCUCUGAGGAGACAGCAGGAAGUCAGACGCUUGGUUCCCGAUGCUUUAAGCCCUAUCUAAUUAAUCCUUGCUACAUCAAAACCACAACUAGGCAACUGAGUUCUCCCAACCAUUCCCCAUCUCCCUCCCCAUCCCAGAGCCCACUUUUUACAAGGAGGCAGGAGUCCUUCCCUAUUAAAGAAAAAGUCUCAGUCAAGAAGCAGAGGUCUGCUAGUUUGACAGGUUUCUUUAGUCGUUCUGCAGACUGGACAGAAGAGGUAUCUAAUCACAGAUGUGAAAUAACACAGAAGGUGGGUUCUGCAGGCUACUUGGAGCACAAGGGGUUUAGAGAGAAAUUUCCAACGGAAAGAGUGCCUUUGACUCAUUCAAGAAAGUCCUCAGGGGUGCAGGCUUCCACAGAGACAUUUCCCAAUGUCUUUUCAGGACGUACUCUGCUGGAAAAGCUCUUCAGCCAGCAGGAAAAUGCACCACAAGAAGAAGCAGAAAAACUGUGUUCUCGUAUUAUUGCCAUGGGCCUUCUGCUUCCAUUCACUGACUGCUUCAGAGAACCAUGCAAUCAGAGUUCCCAGAAAAGCACACCCACCUUUGAUCAAGACCAGCUUUAUACUUGGGCUGCAGUUAACCAACCCACACAUUCAUCAGAUUACAUCGAAGGAAACUUUCCACGUAAAAUUCCACCUGUGUGGCCCCCACCCAAACCUCCAGAUGAAGAACAAAGACUCAAAAUUACAGAAGGUAAAUCAGAAUUGAAAUCUACUGCCCAAGAAACAGAGACACGAGGCAUAGAUGAUGUUCAGCAGGUACAGGGUGAUUUGGAGGUGAAAUCCGAGGAGCGCGCCAGUGUCAUUCAGCAACUUGAGCAAACUAUUGAGGAUCUGAGGACCAAAAUUGCAGAACUAGAGAAACAGUUCCCUGCUGCAGAGGUACAGACUGAUGGGAGAGAGCAGGAGAAGGAGCACACACACCCUGUCUGUGUGACUCUUCAAACAAACGGAGGGGAGACUGUACCCAGGACUGCUUCACAAGCAAGAUCUGUACAAACAUCACCAAUUGAGGAGUAUUUAACUCGCACAAUGCCUUCAGCCAAUGCACUGCCACAGCCACCCCCACCCCCACACUUAGAAGGGGGCAAAGGUGAAGGAUCAACUGAGAAAUUGCCAUCUCUAGAACUACAGCCCACGUUUUGUUCUGAAAUCUCCUUAAUUCUGUCACCCAAGCUAAUUUCGGUGCCGCUGGAUGCAAGUCAAUCAGUACAGAUGCCCCAGUCACCUCUUCCAGAACCCAAAGUUAAUUUGUCUUCUGCAUUUGAAGGAGAAACUGAAGUGCCAUCUUCCCAUCAGCCCCUAAGUACCAUAAAUGUGACUUGUAGUGAACAUCCUCCUUCUUUGCCCUCAGAGCCCAUGUGUAGCAUUCCCCCGUCACAGCCAGUCAAUGAACCAACUACUCCUCUGCCUGGAGCUCCUGGCCUUUCCCUUGCCACUCCUAUGUCCAUGGCAGGAGUUCCACCCCCACCACCCCUUCCUAGCUCAGGACUACCUAUUUCUGCUGGCUCAGCAGUGCCACACCUGGACCACUCUUUGUCAGGCAUGCCACCACCCCCUCCUCCUCCACCUUUACCAAGUGUCGGGAUAACGAUGCUGCCUCCAGCCCCUUCUCUCCCAUGUGCUGGAGUCCCACCACCACCUCCACCACCACCUUUGCCAGGAGUAGGAGUCCCCACCCCUUUGCCCAGUUGGGGCAUCUCAACUCCCCCUCCACCACCACCUUUACCUGGGGCUGGUGUCCCUCCCCCACCUCCUCCUCUGUCUGGCUUGGGAAUUCCACCCCCACCUCCACCUCUGCCUGGAGCAGGUCUGCCACCUCCUCCUCCACCUCUGCCUGGAGGGAGCAUCCCUCCACCUCCUCCUCUACCACCACCUCUGCCUGGUGCAGGUGUCCCCCCUCCUCCACCACCCCCUCCCCCACCACCUCUACCUGGGGCUGGUGUCCCUCCUCCUCCACCACCUCUACCUGGGGCUGGUGUCCCUCCUCCUCCACCACCUCUACCUGGGGCUGGUGUCCCACCACCACCUCCCCCAUUGCCUGGGCUGGGGAUGCCACCUCCAGCACCACCACCUUUGCCUGGAGGAGCACCACCCCUUCCAGCACCAGCCCAGGCCAGUACCCACCCAGCAGUCCCACAAGUUUGUGGGUUUCUUCCUCCUCCAUUACCAUCUGGUUUAUUUGCAAUGGGGAUGAACCAGGAGAAAGGGAGCAGGAAACAUGUGAUUGAACCUUCUCGGCCAAUGAAGCCUCUUUACUGGACAAGAAUUCAGCUCCACAGCAAAAGAGAUUCUAGUGCUUCACUUGUGUGGGAAAAAAUUGAAGAGCCUUCCAUAGAUUAUCAUGAGUUUGAAGAACUGUUUUCUAAAACAGCUGUUAAAGAGAGGAAGAAACCCAUUUCGGACACCAUUACAAAAACAAAGACUAAACAAGUUGUCAAGCUGCUAAGUAACAAAAGAUCUCAAGCUGUUGGUAUACUAAUGUCGAGCCUUCAUUUAGACAUGAAAGACAUUCAGCAUGCUGUUGUGAACUUGGACAACUCCAUUGUUGACCUAGAGACCCUUCAAGCCCUGUAUGAGAAUAGAGCACAAUCAGAUGAACUAGAAAAAAUAGAAAAACAUAGCAAGGCAUCCAAGGAAAAAGAAAAUGCCAAGUCUUUGGAUAAGCCUGAACAGUUCCUUUAUGAACUCUCACUAAUUCCCAACUUUUCAGAACGUGUAUUUUGCAUCCUGUUCCAAUCAACAUUUUCAGAAAGCAUUUCUUCAAUCCGUCGCAAACUUGAAUUGUUACAGAAACUCUGUGAGACAUUGAAAAAUGGGUCAGGAGUUAUGCAAGUCCUGGGUUUGGUUCUUGCCUUUGGAAAUUACAUGAAUGGUGGAAACAGGACAAGAGGACAAGCUGAUGGGUUUGGACUAGAUAUCCUGCCAAAACUGAAAGAUGUCAAGAGCAGUGACAACAGCAGAAGUCUUCUCUCUUACAUUGUCUCCUAUUAUUUGCGUAAUUUUGAUGAGGAUGCUGGAAAAGAACAGUGCAUCUUUCCUCUUCCAGACCCACAAGAUCUCUUCCAGGUGUCACAAAUGAAGUUUGAUGACUUUCAGAAAGAUCUCCGCAAAAUGAAGAAAGAUUUGCGAGCAUGUGAGACAGAAGCAGCAAAAGUUUAUCAGCUCUCACUAGAAGAGCACCUCCAGCCUUUCAAAGACAGCAUGGAGCAAUUCAUUAGUCAAGCUAAAAUAGACCAAGAAAAUGAAGAGAAGUCACUGACAGAAGCACAUAAAAGCUUUUUGGAAACUGCAGCCUAUUUCUAUAUGAAACCAAAAAUGGGAGAGAAAGAGGUGUCCCCACAUUCUUUCUUCAGUAUUUGGCAUGAAUUCAGUUCUGACUUCAAAGACUUCUGGAAGAAGGAAAACAAACUUAUUCUUCAAGAAAGAGUUAAAGAAGCAGAGGAAGUCUGCAGGCAGAAAAAGGGUAAAUCGCUGUACAAUAUAAGACCAAAACAUGACUCUGGAAUUAAAGCAAAGAUAAGUAUGAAAAUCUGAGAAGAAAAGCAAAACCCAUUGUUACCUGGUUACCAAACUUCAACAUGCCUGUGGGUGGGGUGUGAGGGGGAAGGAAACUACAUCAUCCUGCUCAUUUGCUUUCUUGACCUUUUUGAAUUUGCUUUUUGUUCUCUAGAGUUCUCCACCAAUUGAUGUGUUAUUCUUGUACAUCCAUUCACACAUGUAAUCACUUUAAUGGAGUGCCCAGCAAUAGACUAGGUAUGGACUUGAAACACCUUCCCUGUACUCUGUAUCUCCUUUGCCACUUGAAACUAAUAUUUUGUAAAGUUUAUGGUAUGGUACAAAUAGGUAUGUUACAAAUGCAUAGGAAGUGGCAUUUGCAUCCCUUCUGAACAUGCUGAAAAUUGCAUUCAGCCAAACUUCAUAAGAAUGCUACUUGAUACAGUGAAACGUUUCCAUUCCUACUGGCAACAUCUGUCUGACACAAAUACUUCAUGGCACUGCACUUAGAUUAGGGAAAGAAAUGUUACUCCUAGUGAAUUGUUUGUAUCCGUUUCAUGUUGGCAUUUGUAGUUUGUAUUUUGAAUCGUUAAGUGCUGUUUAUACAGUAUAAUCAAUGCUUUCCCAACUCGUUCGGUUGCCCUCCAUGACUAAAUAUUUGUGGAACAAGAUGUUUACUGUAACUAUCUUUAAAAUCGAUAAGGCAGCAUACUUUUACUUCAUCUUUUGCCAAAUAGUGAAUGCCAGGUGGUAUGGGGGUCAAAAAUCCAGCAUU